GAUUCGAUAUGGCUGAAUUGAGUACUCAGGAGCCAUAAAUUUAUUUCAUUUUAGAAAAGCAUUUUGAAAAAGCAUUGAUUACUAAUACUUUCACAGAUGUUGCCUUGACAACCAUUUGAAACAAUUAUGGUCGCCGACUAGCCUGCAAUGAGUGUUUGACAACUCUUCGACGAUUUGACUAUAAAGAUGGAUUGUACGCAAUUACAACGCGUUGUAAUACGCUGCGUAUAAAUAUAAAAUGCAAACUGAAGCCUCUAUUUUACCAGUAGUACAACUUAAUGUGCACAGAACAAUCACUAGAAAAGAAAAACCUUGUUCAAAAGAUUCUGCAACACUGGAAUCCAAAAAGUUGUCUCCUUUUAGAAAUACAUUAUUUCCAUUGAGUAAAAAAUGCUUAAAUCCCUUGCUCGGUGCGCCAUAUAGAGGCACUAUGAAACAGCAAUCGCUGUCAGAUGAACCAAAAUCUGGUAACAAAAGUAUUUUUGGGCAAAGGGUAAUGUCAGCGAAAAUGCUUCGUUUUAAACAGUUACAAAAUCAAUUAGCCGAUGCACAUUAUCAUCUCAACGAACUAGCAAACGAAAACAGAUUAUUAAAAGCGUUACAAAAAAGACAAGAUUCUGCAUUAAGGCGUUAUGAAGGAGCAAAUGCUGAGUUACCAAGGCUUAUAAAUUCGCAUCACGAAGAAUUGCGAGUACUUCAAACAAAAUAUAAAAAAUUAAAGGAAUUACACAAAGAUACAUGUAACCUGCUGAAAGAAAGAGAAAAUGAACUUUAUUUUGCGAAUUCACAAAAUAAGCAUCUAUUGCAACUUAGUAAAGAUCGAAAUCUCGAAGAGAGAGAAAAAUUACAAUUACAGUUAACCGACAUGAAUUAUAAAAUGCAACAGCAACAAGAAACUAUUCAGCUAUUACACAGAAAACUUGCCCUUGGAACUAAGAGCUUGAAGCAUCAAUUACAUAUCGAGAUUUCUAAACAUAAAGAAACACAAAAGAACUUACAAGAGACAAUAGAGAAAUUGAAAAGUUUAGAAUUUUUAUUAGACAAUAGAGAAAAGAGAUUAUAUUGUAAUGGUCAAUUGCCAAUUUAUAAUAAAGAAAAAAAUCUAGGUAGCCAUUCUCUCACAAAUCUCAGCAUCUCUAAUCCAAUUAAAUCGUCUAAUAGAAGUAAAAGGAAUGAAAAUGGGCCAAAGGAUAAUUUGCCGUCACUUGACAUAUUGGAACCCAAUGCUGAUGAAAAAGUAACUCAGCCAAAUAAUGUUAAUCACAAUCAAUCGGUAGAUCAGUUAAAGUCAGAAACAAUGGCAAGUUUGCAACAAAUACGAAAGUUUCGUUUACAAAGAUCGUCACACAUGCGUAAAAAUGCUCAUUCCAUGGAUGACUUAAGAUUUAGGUCAAAAGAUUCUGAAAUGAAUGCGCAUGGUGAAAAAAUCACAUCGAUAGAUUAUAAAUCAAUAUUGGAGAGAGACGAAUUAAAUAACGAUCAAGGUGAAAGUGGCAAAUUAAGAAAAUUAUUUAGUAGAAUAAAAAAUCAAAAUACACAAAAACUGCAAAAAGAACUAAGGGCUGAAUUCGAUUAUUCAUCUGAUGACGGAGAAAGUGGGAACGCUUGUGAAUAUUACAUUCAGUCUUAUGAUACCCCACAAAAAUCUAGAGAGUUGUACGCAAGACUAAUUAACAGUACAGACGAUACCUCUGAUACUUUAGACGAUAUAAUGAAGAAGGUAAACAGCGAUGAGGAGGAAGAAGAAGAGUUAAGCACACGUCUAAUGGAAGAUUUAACGUUUCAAAAGCACAAGAGUAAAACAAAAUUAUUACAUCAUAAAAAAAAUGAUCUUUAUGAUAGCGGUUCUGAUGUUGAUUCCGAAGGAAAGAUAAAUAUAAGUGGAGAUUCUCCCAUUGAAUACAAAAGCAAUGACUUUCAAACUAGUUUAUCUAAGUUCGCUAAAGAGCAGUUCAGUAAAUCUUUUAAUGCUGUCACUCAUUUAGAACACAAUACUUUGGACAUCACAGAACAGUCGGUUGGGAGAUUAAAGGUUACACAGUUACCGAGAAUAUCUGAUAAUAUUUUGGAUGAUGUAAAUUUAGAAAAUGCAGAGAUUCCUCAACAAUCUUCAAACUCAAACAGAACAUGGCUGGAUAAAGGACAACUUUUGGAAAGUAACGGAAUGGACGACUCUUCUACAGACAUGAAAAAAGAUUGUAUAAAAAAAGAAGAAAUAAGAUACUUAGAAGAAAAGCCAAUAUAUGUUGACAUGUCACGUGAUAAGAUUUAUCAUGAGACAGACAAUGCAGUAUAUGAAGAAAUGAAAAAUUUGCCGAUAUCGGAAAGGAAGAAGAUUGAGAAGGACUCACAGGAAGCUUAUGGAAAGGAAUCUACGAUAAAUUUGGAUGGGAGCAUUCGGCCUGUGCAUAAUUUGGAAAAGGAAUAUUUUAAGCUCAAAGAGAGAGACGAAACAUCCAGUGUAAUGCGCCGUAGUGAUGAAGAAACAUCAGAUAAAACUGGUGUCAACAUAGAAACGCAAAAUAAACUGAACACUACAUUAGAUGUUGAUGUAUUGUCCAACAAUGUUCAUGUAUCUCAGACUGAGCAGAGUAAUGGCGCAAGGAGUGAGAUAACACAGGUAAAACAAACAAAUGAAAAGAAAAAAACAAUUAAUUACAACAAAGAGAAGUUGUUAGCCACAAUGAAAGCUAUCGAUGACAACGAAAAUAUUGAAUUCCUGAGCCAAGGAUAUAAGAAUCAUAAUGUGAAUAGAAUGCAGAUAAUGGAGAAUCUACAUCGUGGCUUACCAGCGCACUCAAAGCCGAAACGCGAUAUUAUUAGAGAUAUAUUUGAGGACAAUCCCAUAGAAAGUAAAGUCAGGGGCACUUGUAGCAAAUCUCAUUGAAGCAAUCACAUCAAAGAUCAUAAUAAAUAGCACAAAACUUAUAUUAUACUUUUGUCUCGCCUCCCUUAAUUCUACGAUGUAGAAUUUUACGUG